AUGGAACUUUGGUUUCGUCGUCCAUCAGAAUGGGAAAACGAUGAACGAAUGGAUGCAUUAUUUUGUGUAUUUAAACAACGGGAUUUAAAUCCACUUCAUUAUGAUGCAAAAAUGAAAUUUUGGAUUGAAACAAUUUUAUCUUAUUGUGAAGAUCAUGGUCUAUUACAAAUUGAUGUGCCAACAAUGGUCUCAUGUUUUCGCCGAAAAGGAAAAACACCAAAAUGCUUAGAUCGUAUAUUUGAAGAACUCAACCGUCAAAAACGAUUUAUGUCUUCAGCAGAUUACAGUAAAUCACAACAAACUUCAUGGAUGUCAUGGACAUUGAAUAAAGUUGCUAGUCCUUUAAACUGGAUGUCAGCAAAAACACCAAUUGAUCAAGAUGUAUUUAUAAUCAAAGAACUUGUUGAUAAAAAAGCUCAACACGUAUUAGAAACAUUACAAGCACAAGUUAGCAUACCCACAUUCGAUUGUGUUAUAUCAUAUAAUACAUUUGUUGAUACAUGUCGUCAAUGUUCAUUACAAGAUGAAACAUCGAAUAAUUUAGUUGUAUCAAGUUUAAUUCAUGAUAAAAAAAUUUUAAUCGAUUUUAUUGAUGAUGCAAAAACUGUUAAAGUCGUUAAGUUUGCUGCACCAGGAUCAUCUGUUGUUCGUCCAAUUACUGAAAUUGAAAAUAGUGUACUAUUAUUGCGUCACUCAAAAGAACGUCUUGAAGAACAAUUGAAAAAAUCAGAAGAGCAUAUUGAAGCACUAUUAAAUGAAAUUCGUCGACAUUUGAAAAAUAGUAAUAGAAGUGCUGCGAUGAAAACAUUAAGAAAAAAGAAAUUAUUGGAAAAAGAACAUGAUAAAAAAGAAAGCACAAUUGAACAUUUAAAUUCUGUAUUAUCACAAAUUGAACAAACCGAUUGUUCAUCUCUUGUUAUUAAUGCUUAUUCGUCAGGUGUUAGUGCACAUAAAGAAUUAUUAAGAAAGAAUGGAUUAUCACCUGAUACUGUUGAAAAUAUGUUAGAUGAAGUACAUGACAUGCUCGAUACCCAAGCAGAAUUAGAUGAAGCUUUCAAUCGACCGAUAAUUGGUGAUAAUGUUGAUAUGAAUGAUUUAGAAUCUGAACUUGAAGAUUUAUUAAAUCAACCAGCACCACCGACACCCAUUGCAAAUUCUCUAGUUGUGAAAGAGAGCGAAGAAAAAGUCAUAGACGAACAAAAAUUACCAGUGACUGAUAAUAAAGAAAAAAUUUUGUCUAACAUCGAUAAAUCAAGAGAACAAGAUAAUCCAUUCGCAGAUUUGCAACUUCGUUUACAAAAACUCGAACUUGACGACCAUCAAAUAUGGCUUGUAAAAAUUCCAUUAGUAUAUUCGAUUAUCGAAAAAGAAUUUCCCACAGUGGAUUUGUUAGAACAACAUGAACAAUUCGUAUAUGUUUGCCUUAUACCAAGAUUAUAUUUAGACAAAUUCAAACAUUAUGUACUUUAUCAUCAUGGAACAUAUAAAAUAAUUGUUUCAAAUGUAGCUGAAUGGAAUUUAAAGAUAAAUAAACGCCGUCAGAAACGUUCUUUAUCAGCAUAUAACAAUCCAUUGGAUUCUAUUUAUUUGGAACGAUUUCUCGAUUAUGAAGAACAACAAAACUGGCAAAAUUUAUUGACCAAAUCAUCUCUGACUAAAAAUUAUGUUAAAUUACAUCCAAUUGGUUUUACAUAUGAGAAUCGGACAUUGACAGUUGUUCAAAUAUCGACAAAAUUAAAUCGAUUAUCAAAGAAAAAACGAGCAGGUGUUUGGAUAGAUGCUGGUAUGCACGCAAGAGAAUGGUUAUCAAUGGGUGUAGCAAACUAUAUUAUUAUACGUCUAUUAACAUUAAAAAAUGAAAAUAAAAAAGUAAAAGAUGUGUUAAAACAUUUUGAUUUCUAUAUAUUGCCAAUGGUAAAUCCGGAUGGAUAUGAAUAUUCAAGACAAACUGAUAGAUUAUGGCGAAGAAAUCGUUCUCCAACAAUUUAUUCAGAUUUUUGGAUUCCUCAUAAAAGUUGUAGUUAUGGAGUAGAUUUAAAUCGUAAUUUUCCAUUUGAAUGGGAUACAUAUGCUGGUUCGAGAAGUCCUUGUCAGGAAACUUAUCGAGGUCAAUUACCAGCCUCGGAAGCUGAAGUAAAAAAUAUUAUUCAAUUUUUGACAAAUAAAAAAGAAGAAGAUAAUGAUCAAUUUGAUCCUCAUCGUUCAAUGCGUGUCUAUUUUAAUUUACAUACCUAUGGUCGAUAUUGGUUACUACCAUGGAGCUAUACAAAACAUUUAAAACCAAAUGAUUUUAAUUCAAUGUUAAAUCGAAGUGCAGAAGCAAUUAAAACAAUGUCAACAACAAUGAAUAAUAAUUCAUCCUAUCAUGUAGGGCAAGCAUCGCAUCUUCUCUAUCCAUGUGGAGGAACAUCAAUUGAUUUUGCUUCUACAAUUAUAAAACAUUCUUUUACAAUUGAAUUGCCUCCUCAAUGGAUUUCGUUGCCACUUUGUGAACAGAAUAAUAAUCAAACUGACGAAAUGGAUUGUUCAGUUGGAUUUUUUGCUGGUGAAGAACGAAUUACGUUAGAUGGUAAUGAAAUAUUUGGUGGUGUUAUACAUUAUUUAUGGUCUUUAAUGCGUGAUUCAUAUAGACGAAUGCCGAUCUGA